AUGCAGAAAAAUAUCGAACAACGUUACGCGAUCAAGUUUUGUGUUAAACUGAACAAAAGUCUCGCCGACACCCACCAAAUGAUUCAGAAAGCCUACGGGGACUCUGCUCUCUCCUAUUCUCAAGUUUCCAGGUGGUUGAAAUUGUUUAAAAAUGGCCGGAAAGAGGUGGAGGACGAUCGCCGCUCCGGAGCGCCGAUAACCGUCAAAACUGACAAAAAUGUUUCUCGAAUUCAGGAGUGUUUAAAUACCGAUCGUCGAAUGAGUAUUCGGAUGAUAGCAGAGACUCUCAGUAUUCCGAAAACCACUGUGCACGACAUUGUUACCAACAAUUUGCACAUGCGGGAAGUGUGUGGCAAGUUGGUCCCCAAAUUGUUGACUGACGACCACAAGAACAACCGAAUGAUGGUCGCGAGAGAACUUUUGGAAUGUGUGCAAAACAAACCUGAUUUUUUGGAUAAUGUCAUUACCAGCGACGAAACAUGGGUCUUCGAGUACGAUCCGGAGACGAAGCGCUAA